AUGCACGGAAUAUGUGACCCGAAAAAACGAUGCAGCGUAAUUCAAGACAGUGGCUUAAAUGUUGCCUUUACGGUGGCACACGAAAUUGGACACAAGUAAGUCACUCAGACUAGGCUAUCAUUAAAUUAUGUAUGAUAGAGUGUAGAAUGUGUUACGGGUGGUUUGUAGAAAAAGAAAAUGCAGUCUAACACUGUGAUUUUAAUGAAUAGCAUAUAUGCUAUUAUAUUUAAAGAGAUAAUUGGACAAAUUUGACGCUGGUUCUUGUGUAAAUUGCUAUUAGUUUAGGUGCAUAUCAUGAUGGCGAUGGCAAUACCUGUCCAGGCACCGCGGGGUCACCUCCUUAUCUCAUGUCAUCGCAAUGGCUGGUUAGGCACAGUCGUGGCACUAUGAAGUGGUCUCGGUGUAGUCGAGCCUAUAUCCACUCGUUUCUAAAGUGAGUACUGUCUUAUUCUUAAAGUAACCUGUGGCAUUUUAAGUGUAUUACGGCCAUUCCAUAUUAUGGGAGGCCAAAACGCCUCAUUAAUUAAGCCAUUCUUUUCCUUUAGCUCCAAAGCAAGCAAGUGCCUAAGACAUAGAGCCAACAGGAGUCCUUUGUUCUUACCUACUCACUACCCUGGAGUUGCGUUCACCGCUGAUGAACAGUGUAAACAGCAGUAUGGAAACAGAGCAGGUCACUGCCGCAAAUACAAGGUACUCGAAAAACUUGUACACAUCCAUCUGGAUAAGAUUUAAGACCAGCGAACUUAAAGAUAAAGUCCCGGGGGGGGGGCACUUCCUUAUAAGAGGCUAAUGGGGAUGUGCCGCUGGAUGGGGUCGCAUUUUCACGACUGGAUUGACUAUAAUGGGGUCGCAUUUUCAAUAGAGUUACUAGAAUGGGGUCACACAUUUUCGGAUUUUGGGGGGUAAGACAGUUCUUCACAUUUACGGUUAGCAAACGUACCGGAAUGUUUAUCAGUAGGUGAAAAUUAAAGUGUUCUUCAUUCAGGUUAAAAAAUGGGUCAACUCAUAAAACUAGAAAGUGACUAAGUUGGGAUCGUAAAAAUUACAUAUUUGCUCAAAAGUGACUAAGAUGGGGUCUAUAAUUGGUCACAGAAUAGACUAUAAUGGGGUAGGGGCUCUGAGAGGCCAGCGGCACAAACACAGCAAAAAUCUACCCAAGUACCCCCUCCCCCCUCCCCCCCCCCGGGGAUAAAGUACUUAAUCCCAAAAUCAUGUGCUUUAUUAUACAGAUUAUUAGUCGUUUUGGAGACUUUAAACUGAAACGUUGACUCUCAGUCAUACUGUUAAAGUUCAGUAAUCUCACAUCCUUACUUCGUGGAAAUGGUGUUCUUGAAAACUCAUGAACAAUUCAAGCACAGAAGGCAAAGGAGGUUUAACACCUGAUGUGAUUUAAUAUUUACAGAACGUUUCGUUUUGCAUCCUUAAGUAUUCUUCUCUUCGUUUUGCACUAUUUCAAAUGGCUGAUUUCUGGUUACCUGGAACGAAAAAAUGUGAGAUUUCCCCUACAAUUCAGGAAAAUUUUCAGUUGUUUCAAUUUUAAGAAAAUAAUCAUGACAAACCCGUAUCGUGUCAGUUUUGCCUAUUUACGUAUACCGUGAAAUGAUGUUUGAAUUAAUCAGCUUGAACAUAUUACACAGCAUGAUAAAUGGUUGACUCAUUGUAGAAUUGUGAAAACUGUGAAUAAAUAUUCUCUUUAAAAUUUCCUAUGACGUGUCGAUUUUUAUGGCAGCCUAUACAGUUUGGAAGUCACCUGUCAUCUAAUUUAUCGAAUAUCAUUUGUCUAGUAAAUUUGUGAACGUUAAAUUAGAGCUUGUGUGAUAAGGCAAAUACGUCACAGAUCGUCAGAACCAGAAAGUAGUUAAAUACUAGAUAUGAUUGAGUUUACAAGGCUGGACCUGUAUUCGUCGACAAAGAAGCUAGCAUGUAGUAAUUAAUUACGAGUAGCCCACACAGUUAUACCAAUAUUGGUUUUUAUUAGCUUUUUUUUUCGUUUUCACUUUUAAUAUCUAUUUAUUUUAUUCAUACAUUUGUUAAUGUUUGAAGAAAGAGAGUGCUCUUAUUACUUCGAAAGAAGAGAAAAACAAAAAUAAGCAUAGUUGAACUAGCCGGAAUUGCAGUUAUUUGAACUGGACUAUAGUGGUCACGGUGUGUUUUACCGGUUUUCUAAUACAUGUCAUUUUUGAAUUUCCCUACUCGACAGAAAUAUCACCCGAUUAUACUUGUCAAUAACUAACAGCUUGUUAUAGCGCUGGAGGUUUAACAGAAUAGAAAAUAGUAUACUAAUGGGACCCAAACAUUUAAGCGUCGUAUUGAGUAUAUUUUCAAAAAGGCCUGCUGUUAUUUUGAUCUAUAAAAGCUUAUCAAUAAAGGCCAUAUUCAAUCCUUUUAAAUUAGUCGACGACAUUGAUCCAUAUUCGGUAGCCAACAGGGUGACAUAAUUUGCCUACAGAUUAUGCCAUAUUGAUCUUGUUGAAAUUAUAAUUCUGGUGGUUGGUCCUAAACGUUUAAUGAUAGUAAAUUGAAUGUUCUUCUGGAUCCUUCCAGGGUUGGCAAAAGAUCUUUUAUUUGGGACCAGUUUCACGACCUUAAUGGUCAUAAAACACUUAACCAAGCUAUUAGCGUUCUACUUAUUUACUCUACAUUUUUUGUUAUUUUAUGUUAAUAAGUUCAUCUGUAUAUGUGCGUAAAAGCCUUUUCUUUGCGGUUUCAUUUCCUAACAACAGCAAUCUUUAGCUGUAAUCACCCUUCACAGAACAAUGGUAAUCAGAAAAUGAAAAAUUGAACAGUUUCUUUAGAGAUAUUAACUUAAAAACUAGUAAUUGCAAAAAAAAUAUAUUUUGCGGUCACCUUUACGCCUCGUAAAUUGAAUACGAACCAUCCGUCACUUUAUUUGCACGUUCACCUGCCGCCGCUGUUUUCGCAGGCGUAAAAACGCAGAUGGCUCUUAUCUUAUUAUAGUCUAUGAGGUAGAUCGGUGUUGAGUAAGUCAAUUUUUUUAUCAGUAAUAAACCUCAAAGUGUUUCCGAAGCUUUUAGGCUCAAAAGUGACAUCAAGCGUCCUUCAAGUUUAGAAAUUUUCAUUUUCCAUUUGUCGUACUUUUAUCUGCAUAAAAUGAGUAUAUUAGGUUUCAGUUUUCAUACGUCAUGCUAUUAUUAUAUCAAUCUUGUAACUACAUAAUACUGCUGUCUAUAAAGUUGAAUUCAUAGCGAAAAAGGAGACAGUCUCUGAUACUAACCAUUUUCUUCUGACUCACCCAUGGCUUAUAACUCCUCAAGCGAUAACAGUGAUGGCGGUCUUUCUGGCCAAAAUCUGGCUUUCACGUUGUUGUAUUCUUUCAUCGUUAUCAUCGGCGUACCAGCUAAUUGUAUCAUAAUCACCAUCGUGCGAAAAACACCUUCAAUGCACACGACAACCAACUUUCUGCUCAUGAACUUGGCAAUUGCGGAUCUUGUAACGUUGUUGUUCUGUCCUGGAAUUUACGACUUCCUCCUAAACCAAGUCUAUCUUGACAAGACGCUGGGAGAUUUUAUCUGCAAGCUAUUCGUAGGCAAUGCAGUGGUUCCCAUCUCGAUUAAUGUUGGCGCUUUAACUGUUUCCGCUUUGGCGGUUGAGAGAUACCUAGCGUUAUCAAAACCUUUUCACACUAGACUUCGAUUGUCUAACAAACGGGUUCCUCAUGUCGUCUUGUUUGUGUGGACAUUUGCUGCUUUAUCAUGCAUUCCCGACUUUCUGACAAACACAAUAGACCCAGAUCCAUUGUCAACUUACCCAUGCAAACGUCCAUGGAGUCUUGACGAGUAUUCUAAUCACAAAAGCUUUAUCAUUUUCACUGGUAUUUCUUUUGGUAUUGUCCCAUUUGCGGUUGUUUUCUUCUGCUAUUUUGAGAUCUUUCGUGGCAUGUUCAUCACCAAUGAAAUUUACAGCAGUUCCUCCGAAGCAACAAGCAGUCAAGCACUGGAAGACCAGCGCGCAAAGAAACGCCUUUUGAAGCUUCUUGUAUCGUUAACAGUCCUCUUUUCAAUUUGCACUUUGCCAUUUUCAAUAUUUUUUAUAUACUUAACCGCUAUUGAAAAAGACGUUGUGGCCAAUAAUCGAGCUUGCCUGUUCCUCAUUCAUAGAAUAGUUAGAUAUCUUCUUAAUGCCAAUUCGUUUUUGAAUCCACUUGUUUAUGCUCUUCAAAGUUCCAAUUACAGAAACGGGUUUAAAACAAUUUUUUGCUGUAACUGUAGAACUGUGGAUCGGAACAAAGACAAGCCUGUAGAAAGGUCUUGCCAACCCGUAUGAUUUCAAAUUUGUUUUUUGUUGUAUGUUUAAAAAGUGUUUAUAUACUCAAAUAAACUGAACCAUUAAGAAACGUAGAAAGUCUACAUGAAUAACUAGCAGGGUAAGAACUACAGUUAUAAGAACAUUCUAUGUGUUUCAGUUUGAACAAUAUUACUCAGGCCACAUACUUUACAGGCAUAAAUGUAUGUCAAAUUGAAACUUUUUACACUGGUUUAAGCCUUAGCAAAGCAAGACUGGUGUUACGAGAAGCUCGUGCACUUAUCUUGGACAAUGAAGAGAUUACAAGUACCUAUCCCGAUUUAUGAUCGAAGAUCGCCAACCUGCGAAAACAUCCGUUUCUCCUCGCUCUUCGCCGCUGGGGACGUUUCAAACGUCCCCGAACGUCCCCAGCUACGAAGAGCGAGGAGAAACGGGUGUUUUCGAAGGCUAGAUUACAAUUUAUUUGUUUACAAGUCACAAUCACAAUUGCUUUCAGUAGGGCUUCUAUAUUUUAUUAGUAAGCUACAGAAAAUAGCACACCCAUAGAUAGUUUGGCAGAGUCUGGCAGUUAAUAUUAAUAUCAGUCGGAUUGUAAAAAGGGAUCAUCUGUCUCCCUUGUCUCUCCAUGGUUCAUUCCGGAAUUGAAAGUGUCACACAUUGAAAUCAGGAGUUGUCAAGGUAAAGUGGAAAAGUGUCACUAUUAGAAACGUAUGAUUCCGGUUUCGAAUCAUUAAACGAUCGUGAUGUCAGCCCUUUUAUUUUAUUGGUCCUCAUCUGUAAAUAGAAAGUUUCAGGAGCGAUCUACCGCAGCCCACUGAAGGCUAGCACAAUCAAUAAAUCCACAUCUGAUCGUAAUCGUUAGUUACCGUCCAUCUAAACCCUAGUUUCUUUACCCUCAUUGACAGGUUGAACUACUAAAUCCAACUGAAAUACCACUAAAACAAGAAAAGUUUCUUAAGGUUGACUAAAAAUACGUGUAUGGCAGAACCUCGCGGGGCUCAAAAGUUAAUGAAAUGUUUAUCAACACUGCUUCAACCCUAACCCUCCCAGUGGCAAAUAAUUUGUCGAGUGACACAUAUUUAAGUUAUCUUAUCACGCAACAAGAAGACCAAGAACACUUUUCUACCUCGGAAUCACGCUACUCAGUCUAUUAACUUAGUGUGGAUUACACCUGUCUAAACCGUUUUGAUUGCUUGAAACCCAGUUACCGAAACCAAAGGGUUGAGACAGAGAUUAAUCCUUUUAAAACUAGAAGUAAUCGGAGCUAAGGAGAGUGUGUUCGAUAUGUUUGUUAGGCGUACAGGUGGCAGUUGAGGGGGAAGGGUGGCUGGUUCUUGCGAUAGAUCGAUAACUAUGAUUAAGGCAUAUUUUGAACGUAAGGGUUGCGUACAGCGAAACCUCUAUGAAAAGGUUUUGAAGGCUAGUGAUCAGAGUGAUGUCGUAUGGUUCGUCUCAAGUGCAGUUGUUCGAAGACCGAUUAGCGCUUGACCCGGGUUUCUUUUUCUUUUGUUCAAAAACAUUUCUUUGGAUAAUUUUUCUCUGUUAUUUUUAAGAGCAUCCAAUCGUCAACUUGUUGACAAAAUGAAGCUUUCACAUCUGAAUUCAAAUUUUGCACUAACCCUCGACCUCGCCUGGGUUAUCUUAACCCAGCUUUGAACAACCCGGCCCAGGUAUUGUCAAAAAGCAAACGGUUGACAAAGUUUUAGAAGUAAUCAUCAGUUUUAUUUAUUGGGAAUUCCACAUGUAGACAAUUACUGAAAUUUACUAUAAAAUGAAACCGUUACUGGCAAGUCUUCUUAACUUGUGAUGAUAUAAAGAUCGACCCAAGACCACAUUUUUUGUGGUGAACGCCGGGGCACAAUGAUUAUGUUUCAACACUGUAGGUUCUCUUAAUACACUACACGUCUCAAUUUCACACGUUUCAAGGGAAUCAUCAACGCCUUCAGGGGGAUGUGUGUGCGGCUUUCCAGUAAUUUGGUCGUGUAUAUUAAUUUCAGUGACUUGAGUUACGCCACUGUGGGCUGGUCACGUUUUUCCGAAUAAAUAACAUGGAGCUAAAAUGUUCGUUUGUCUGGUGCCGAAGAUAACACAAGUCAUGAUGAAAUGGCGCCUCCAAGCUUCACCUCUCGGUAGAAUUACUUUGUGGAAUAACGGCCGCCGAGCUACACAACUCGGUAGAUUUACUUUGUGGCACAACGCACGCCGCGCUUCACAACUCGCUGGUAAAUUUACUUUGUAGCACAACGGCCGCCGAGCUAAACCACAGGUAACCCAGGCUCUGUGAUAGUACCACAGUACGGUUCCAGUAAAAUUACAGUGUUUGUAUGGGGUAAAAAUAUCAUCCUAAAAUUUCUAGGAAAUACUAAAUAAAGAUCAAUAAAACUUACUCUGCAGUUAAUAGUUGUUGUCCUUAUUGCUCCAACGAAGUUUCGUGAUAGUUUGCAGUAAUUUGUUUAAAUUCACUCUAUGUACAAUAACAAUAUACAAGGUAGGAAACACGAGGUGCCAUUUUCGCCGACAUGCUCUCAUUCAACACAACUUUUUCCACGAAAUUCCAACUCCAACGGAAAAUAAACAUGCCAGGAUCGUAGAAAUAGGAUAGCAGCAGAUAUAGAAACCAAUGAAGCUUUCCCAGAUAGAGAAACGAAUCCCACAGACUUUGACAAACUCGAAGAAUAUAAUCCAAACAGACCGAGAAUAUUCUCGCCGAAGCAGCCGGGCCAGAUCAACGCGCGGCCAAGAAAAUGAGAACUGGGCACUGCACAAAAAAAUUCCAUCCCGGGGGUCCUGGGGUGACCUUUCUAGGGACCGAUACAUCAUUUGCCCAAAGCCACCCUCCCCUGCUGGAAAAAUACUUGAUAGAAGGCAAUUGUUCUUCCUAGCCAAUCACUAUUUACCAGAGCAAACCCCACACACGCGCCUAAAUUUAAAUGGCUAAAAAAAAAUUAUAUAAUCAGGAGAGUCUGCGGAGUUACAAGGCGCCCCAUUUCUUUUACUAAGGAAUGCAAAUAACAGUAAUGAAACUAAUGAAAUAACAACGCGAAAUACUUACAAGGCGGACUAAAAACAAGGUUGAACAAAAGGUAGAUGAUGACUAAGGUAGUGCUGUGAACUCUCGAGCGAAACUAUCGUAAAUAAACGGUGAAGCUUGCAAACUAAUGUCAAAAAUUACACAGAAAAUUGCGACAGAAUAUGAAUUGCGAUAACUGAGACGAAUGUGAAAGGCACGUGCACCAGUAAACAAAGAACUAGCGCGAUUAACAUAUUUAGCGAUAAAUGCGGCAGUAACACGCCGACGUCUUGUCAAUACAAGUGAACGCUCUAUCGGUUAAACAUGUGAAUCAUCGUGAUACACCUCUCUUUGAAUUUGGUGUUGUUGUACAAAUGCCUCGGUAAGAGCCAAAAUUCACUUAUAUCUUUUGCUCGUUUUAAGUUUUGUAAAUCCUCCUUCGUUGUUCUUUCCUUUGCCCUUAUAACCUUGCCCUAUUGAUAUUUGAUAAACUUUCUGAGAACCAGCGCCAGGCGCUGAAUAUAGUUCGAGAGGGACAUAAUCUCUUUAUAACAGGCCAGGGUGGUACGGCUAGGAAGAACAAUUGCCUUCUAUUAAGUAUUUUUUCAGCAGGGUAGGGUGGCUUUGGGCAAAUGAUGUAUCGGUGCCCAGAAAGGUCACCUCAGGACUCCCGGGAUGAUUUUUUUUUGUACAGUGCCCAGGCCUCACUUUCUUGGCCGCGCGUUGAUCUGGCCCGGCUGCUUCGGCGAGCAUAUUCUCGGUCUGUUUGGAUUAUAUUCUUCGAGUUUGUCAAAGUCUGUGGGAUUCGUUUCUCUAUCUGGGAAAGCUUCAUUGGUUUCUAUAUCUGCUGCUAUCCUAUUUCUACGAUCCUGGCAUGUUUAUUUUCCGUUGGAGUUGGAAUUUCGUGGAAAAAGUUGUGUUGAAUGAGAGCAUGUCGGCGAAAAUGGCACCUCGUGUUUCCUACCUUGUAUAUUAUUAUUGUAGAGUGAAUUUAAACAAAUUACUGCAAACUAUCACGAAACUUCGUUGGAGCAAUAAGGACAACAACUAUUAACUGCAGAGUAAGUUUUAUUGAUCUUUAUUUAGUAUUUCCUAGAAAUUUUAGGAUGAUAUUUUAACCUCAUACAAACACUGUAAUUUUACUGGAACCGUACUGUGGUACUAUCACAGAGCCUGGGUUACCUGUGGCUAAACAACCCGGUUUGAUGCAUGCACCAGGAGUCGCACGCAUUUUCCAAAGAAAAAUUUGAAGGCUAAAUCCAAAGUAAAAUUUUACUCAAGGUGUAAACUUUCAGCAAGCUUUUGAUGAAUGAAAGAUGAACGCUUUAGAAGAUUCAUUAAACACAGAUCGAUAGUAGACCUUCAGCAAACUGUUAAAUAUGCGCGCUUUACGAAGAUUCAGCACACGUUAAUGUAUUCCACCACAAGAAAACCCGGCUAAUUCGGUGCACCCUAUACUACUCAAGCGGGAACAUCAAGGUAUAAUAGCUGAAUGAGAAUGCCCAGUCAGGGUCUUAAUCUGUCCUUUUUCAUUACCCUAGUAUCGCCUUUGCGAAGAACUUUGGUGUGAGAUCAAAGGUGAGAGGCUUUGCAGAAGUAAACUAAACCCGGCGGCUCCAGGAACAGCAUGUGCCCCAGACAAGGUAGGCUCUGUAUUACUCUCUGGGGAUGAGCUUUGUUGGAUUAUGUCCAGGGGUGGAAAUCAAGUAUACUUACCAUUAACAUGGGGAAACCAGACAUUCCGGAUGGAAAAUCAAAUGAUUAGAGCCAUUCCUCUAAUCAUCAUUCCUCUCGGUCAGUAUCUCUAGCUGAUUUGGGUAUACUUUGCGGAGGUCUGCCCUUCUCCCACGAGGAGAAAUUAUAAUUGUUAAUUGUGUUUGUGCACGAGAUUUUGUGUGAAUGGUCAAAAGCAACCCUAGUUUCAUUUGAAGGACCAUUAGAAAAUAAGGUUGAGCCUCUAGGACUUUAAACUCUUAAUCACGUCUUAAAUAAUUAGGUGUUUAGGUUUAGGUACAUCACCAACAUCCCUUCCGCUUGAACUGAAAUAUUCGAUGCGGUUUCAGUCUCUACUUAAAUAUGGAGAUAUCGUAAACAUUCUGCUAAUCUUAUUUUCUUUGAUCGGAUCGCGCGAAAAAAAAAACUCGAUCCGUAACUUACAUAACGCCGGAACAGGAAAUCGUUUAGUGAGAGGUACAUGUAUAUUCAAUUACUAUUUUGACUAGUUUUUGAAGUUUGCCGUGUGUGAAAUUGACAAGCAAUUUUUCGGAUGGCUGAGGUAUCGAAUUGGAAUUUAAUAACCAACAUUUCUGCACAAAUAGAGAACAGCGGAAAAGUGACAGACUGAAUGGUGUACAGAUAGUCACACGGUUGCUUUAUGCUGAUGGUCUCGUUCUGUUAUGUAAAAGUAUAGCUGAAGUGAAAACCAUCACGGACAUUCUAAAUGAUACUUGCUCUCCUCUUAUUUUUAAUAUUUUCACUGUCGUAAUUCAUUUUUAAGCAAGAGUGAGUACAAAUAAAGAUUGUUAUUGUUGUUGUUGUUGUUGUUGUUGUUGUCGUCACCAUCUCCUUUCCAAAGACAAAGACCCAAGUAUUCAUCAGUGAGCAAGUUGCCAACUUACCUUCAUUGUUUUCAAUUGGGUGAAAUGUGGUGGAGUAUGUAUCAGAGUUCACAUACCUUGGCCAAACGUUCAGCAAUAAAGAUCAAGGCAGUUUUACGGACCUUCGUUAUCAAAAGCAAUUGGGAAAUUCAGUGAAAUGAGACAAGUGCUUGCGGACCAGAAAGUGAACAUGAAAACAAGAGCUAAGCUAAUGGGCGAUCCCGCCUCUUAUAUGGAACGCAAGCCUGGUAUACAAAUGACGAAAAUGUCAGAAAAUUGGAGACCUGUUGGAUGGAGUUGUUGAGGCAAAUGGUUAAUGGUGUAUGGAGUAUUCCCCCAACCCGCUGAAGACGCAGAGGAUACAGAAUUCAGACUCUGAUACACCAACACAGACAAUCUACACAUAUCAAAAACAGCAGUCUCAGAAAUGUGAUCAGGAACCAAUCUUUAAAAUAUAUUGGUCAUUUUUGCCGUUGUCCAAACACUACACUGGCAAAGAAGAUGCUGUUUGCAAAGUCUAGGCUUCCAUACAAUCGGGACCCUUGGAUAAAUAUCGCUAAAUUAUUAAAAUGUCUCCACUCAGCGGGCAAGAGGUCUACACAAGAUAAGUGUGGUUUCGCUCCACUGGUCGACAUUGUAGUCACCAGUGCAACUCCAUGAUAACAGGUUUACCGUCUGGAGAAUUUUAACUGUACUGUACGGUAUGCUAUCUAUUUAAAUGUUCUCAAAACAUAGCCAAAGUCUUAAAGUCUUAAUGAUGCUGACAGUUGCGAUGACUGUCAUCUUUAUCAAAACUUGGAAAUCGUGUCAGAAGCCUUAAAUAGGCUUCUGAAGGUGUAAAUUAUUGCGAUAAACGCGCAAAGUGACUCUGUACACCCCCCCCCCCGGUCUGGGGGUGGAGAUCACUUGUGUCCAUAUGGGAGAAAGCUGAUAGGCUCCCUCGUCCCUGCUCAUAAUAGGAGUGUUCGAUCUAAUACAUAUGCUUUCCUUGAUCCAUCUCUUAAACUUGUCGCUUUCCUGCUCAACUAUUUCACUUGCUUCCCAAUUCGUAAUAUGAUUGUUCUGACAGACGUGGUCUGUUAUGGCUGAUUUAUGGCGCUCAUUGGUAGAAGCUCUGCGAGUGGAUCUUGUGAAAUUUUUGUCAGAGAUCUUUUCUGCUUCCUUUCUGUGUUCUGUGAUCCUGGUUCCCAGCUGUCUCCCUGUUUCAUCGAUAUAAGAAUGUACGGUAUGCUAUUUACAGAAAUUGUUUCAGUCACAUCACUGUAAUAAAUCUCCUGGCUAUAAUUCUUAACUUGCGAGCGUUGACCACGUCAAUCGAAUUGAUAUUGGCAGCAAAAAGAGAAGACAAUCACGGCGGCGUGGUGGCUCAGCUGUUUAAGCAGUGCACUGCUGGAGAAAAUGGCUAAAGAUUUCACUCGUUUAGCAAAGAUGAAAAAGCCAAAGUACUUUUUACCUUAAAGGCAUAGUAAGAAAAAACAUCCACUAGAAAGUACGUCCUUUCAUAUUCUGAAACUGUCGAGGAAGAGGCAGAAGUUUUGAAAGAUGGGACUUAACGUAGAAGUAAGCAUGUUCCGAGGUUGAUAUUCUGUAUGAAUAAUAAAACAAUUAUUUGCAUUUGCAGUGGUGUAUGUACGGCGAGUGUGUAAGUAACGGCACCAUACCAGUAAAGAGGGACGGUGGCUGGAGACCCUGGUCGGACUGGAGUGAUUGCUCUCGAACAUGUGGAAUAGGAGUGAGUGUUCAAAAACGGUCCUGUGACUCACCAGGGUGAGUUACUGACCUGUAGAUUUAAAUUUUGACUGUCCAAUUUGUACCCACCUCACUUUUGGGAAUGUCAAAUAUCAAAAUUUCUAUACUCUACAUCAAGGAGGUUCUGACUCGAAUAACGUAAAAGAUCUCCAGCUUGUGGACUGGUACCUAGCCCUUUUUAUGCCCGAGUUAUGAACAUAGAAGUUGACAUGCGUACAUCACUUGAUUUUUAAUGAUGAACACACUAAUAGAAUAUUUACCACUGUCUGUUUCAGCCCGGUAAAUGGUGGCCGUCAUUGUGAAGGAGAAUCAAAGAGAUAUAAGACCUGUAAUGUCAAGGUAAAACAAUUACAUAUCGACCCCAGCUAACCAGUGCUUUCACUUCAGAGUUUACAGCUAUUACCUUAAAUGAUCUAAUAAACGCCAGGGGCGUCAAAACGCUUUCCGCGAAUUUAUCGACACAGUCAAUAUACAGAGGACUAACCAGUCCAUCCAUUGAUACGUAUAGAGAGAAAAAUCUAAUCUUUGCUGACGUCGUAGUUUACAUUUUUGCUCAUUACCAUACGAGUUAACCCAAAGAAGGCGUAGCCGUAAGCACAGCUUAGAUUCAGAAGUUGAAAGAAUCGGUUAAUUUGAAUAAUGUUCUUCGCAAGCAAUAACAAAGGAAAUAGCAGCCAUCAAAAACUGCGAAAUUGCUGAGUGUCAAACCGUUAAUGAGCCCGUACAUUCUUUGUUAACUUUCGAGUUUUCAACGAUAAUUUCUCCAAAACUACUCGUUAUUUGGGGCUGAAAUUAUUAUUAUUAUUAUUAUUAUUAUUUAGCCUGUUCAGUUCAUUGUUUAAACACAAUAGAAAUUUGCUCAUCUUUAUAAACAAAGCCUGGUCAGAUCAGCCAAAUAUUCCCCAGAUUUAUUCUUAGAAUGACCCCGAGGUGGAUAGAAAUUGCUGUAAGAGUUUAAAAUCUGCCAAGAUACAUCUUUUCUGCCUACGGGUAAGGGUUGGCGACCAUGUUUGUAAAGAAAAUAAAAAUCGACCACGAUCUACCGAUUUAACGCUCUAGUACUUGUACCUAUACACGGAAAGAGUGUGUUUUCCAUUUUCCUUUUUUAAAGUUAUUUUCCAAGUCCUUCAGAGCAUCCUUUUUUUUUUUGCUACUUAUAAUAAUGUGUUUCAAUCUGCGUUGAAGAAAGUCUACCACAAGUAGAGGAUCAUAAUUAACCAGCUGAAGUUGUUUAAAAUAUGCACGGAGUUUUCGUGUUUUGUCAAGAGCUGACUCGAUCAUUCUCUCUUGAUCAUAACAUAGUCCUUUUGGUUUAAUUACUCCUCAGUCCUGUCCUCUGGGAUCCAAGGAUUUCCGAACUUUACAAUGUGAGUCAUUUAAAGACACCGAAUACAAGGGGAUAAAACACGAUUGGGUUCCUGUGUUAAGCUAUGGUAAGGGAUUCCUUUUUUUUCAUAGCCUUCAAAGCUUUUUACUUCCCAAAGUGCCCAACAUCAAAAUCAAGAACAAAUAGAAAAAUACUGAAAAAUGAAUAAUCUCAUCUGAUAGUUCAAUAAUUGAAUGGUAACAACGUUUUGUCCGUAGACUUAAAAUUUAGAACUAAGUCACCUAAUAUCCCAUAAUCUACUUUGUUAUAUGGCUGCUUCCGCUUGGGAUUUCCCUCGUUGGUCACGCAAGUAAAAGUUCUCUUGUUGGCCCUAUAAUAAAUCCUUUAUUGACCAGGCUUGUUAGGUCAAGAUGCAUGUUCUCUUUUUUCUCAGUCAAUAAAAAUGCAAAAAAAGAACUUGACCAAUAUUCAGCCAUCUUGACCUCACACUUGGUCAACAACGUAUAUCAAAGAAUUCAAAGGACUUGGACUUGUAUCAUUGAGUAGACCCCGUAACGAAAGCUUAAAAGUAAUUGAAGGGUGAAUGAGGAUUUCAAGGAGGUCCAUAGAGGGAGAAGAAUUCUUUGACUGAAGAAUUAUAUGAAGAUAGUGUUGAAUGUUAAACUCUUUAUAUGAUCGUUUAGAUGUUGAUUCUUGCGGAGAUGUUUUGACCGCUUAGUAUCAAGUUUCAGUAUCAUCAUCAUCAUUGUCAUCAUCUUCGUCAUCAUCGUCGCCGUCAUCAUCGUCGUCAUCUUGAUCAUCACAGCACCAUCAUCACCUUUCGUUGUCAUUAAUACCAACCAUUUCGUUAAUCCUUUGCGUUAUCCGGAUUCAUUUAAAAAACUGCCAUACUCAUUGUGGAGAGUAGCAAAGGCCUUUUUGAGCCACGCACGUCAGCCCCAAGUGAGUUUUUCUCUGCCUCGUACCCGGGUACGUUCUAGCGGAUUCGAGAGCGAUUCAAGGGCUACAGGAACGAUUUUGGUUCCGCGCUAGGUAUCAUGGGAAAGGCGAAGAGAUGUUUUUCUCGCUCACCCUUCCCAGCGUCCUUUGCGUGAACGCUAUGCGUUCUCACUGGUCCAUUGCGUGAUACUCAUUGAUCGCUCGCAGUCUCGAGGCAGAGUUUUUCUCGCUUUCAAUAUGCCUUGACGCAACCAAAUUUGAAUUGCUCGAAAAUUUGGCCAAAAGAAUUACCCAGGCAUGCAAGAAGUCUACUUCGAGUCGACGUGCGUUGCUCAAAAGCGUCCCUGCUUGAUCACGAUUACUAACCGAGUUGCUUGAACAUUUUACGGUUAAUGUUUAAUAAUGAAUAUUUUUAGCAUUACCUUUGGACUUUAUUUUUAAAUUCCUGUCAGUUCUCCAAGCAGAAUCUUGAUGUUCUUGAUUUUUUUGUUACAGGCCACCCAUGCUCGUUAUUUUGCAAACCGAAGAACCCUCGAUACCGUUUCUCUGCUAAACUUGCUUCCAAAGUUAUAGAUGGCACUCCAUGCAGACCAGGAUCCGUAGACAUAUGCGUUAACGGAAGAUGCCAGGUAAAAAACACAACUCUGUAUAUUUGGAAGAAUGCCAGAUUUUUUAAAAGGCCAAGCUUAAAGCUUUUCAUUACUCAUUUUCAUACUUAUACUCAUGUUGCCCGAUUUUCAGUAAAAGCGAUCUGUAGAGAUCGAAAUUGGAUACAAAAUUGCGCCACUUCUGAUCUCCACCAAAUUUGGAGCACCAGAAGUUGGAGAUUAAUGGUAUUCAUUCCGCAGCUUGAGGAAAGUGUGAUCGAAUGAAAAUCAGCACGGUCCAUAAGAAACUGGACACGACACCCGUCGGCCGCUGUAUGCGUUUGUGUUUUCUCGUAACAGGCCAUUUCCGAGUUACCUCAAUCCUCUGUUUCAAAGCGAGGCGAGGUGCGAAGCUAUCAACAUUUGCAUGAGACUCAUUUUCACAAGGAGGGUUUUGCACUUAGCCUCGUUUGAAAGUAAGGGUUUUUGGAAUUCGGAAAUGUCUCAUUUAAAUUUAACCUGACUGUAUGAUUAUGUGUGAUGGGUAUCAAAUAAUGGUAGAAUUAACCAAGGCUAAAGAAUUUAUUACCCUUCACUCACUUCUGGGACUGUUAUUUUUUGAGUAUUUUAUCAUCCGCAUCGCGGAAAAAACUGCUUCAAAGUAUCACUGUUUGUCUAUCUGUAUCAGGAUGUUGGCUGUGACCACUUAAUAGGUUCCGGAGCAAAAGAGGACAUUUGCGGUGUCUGUAAAGGAAACGGAACGAGUUGUCGUACAGUAGAAGGAAGAUUCAAUCAGUUAGCCGGAUCAGGUAUAAAUUUACUUCUAUUAGUUUUCGGUUUAAUUUUCUUGUUAACCUAGAAUGCUUUGCGCGUUUGGUUCAGUUUUGUUUUAAAAGAUGUUAGACAUGCUUAAAAAUUCUAUACGCCCUAGUAGUGGGGGCUUAUGUAGUAUUUAGUGCUUCAGAGUAAAGUCUCACUAGAAUGAAGGCGCUCUUUUGAGGCUGAAUGCUAAAUAGACGCUUUUUUGCAUAUGGAGAACUUAGCCCAAUUUAAGGGAGUUAACUAGUGGAAAUCAGUCUGGUAGUAUCGAGUCAUCCGCCUUAUAACAUGACAAAGCUGUAUAUCCAUCAUCCAGGUAACUUGGUCUGCGAACGUUUGCAUCUGCGAGUUUAAAAAGAUUUUGAUAAGGUUGGUUUUGACAUUCGAUAAUCAUUCAUAUGAUUAACUUUGUUAGGUGUCACUGUAUAAAGUCUAACCCUCUGUAAGGAAAUUUUAGGACAAAUAGUUUAUAUUGAAUCUCUUUGAAGCUCAAAAUUUUCUAGUGGAGUUUAUUUCUAUCACAACAGGUUAUGUCGAAGCUGCUGUCAUCCCUAAAGGAGCUAGAAGUAUAACUGUACGGGAAUCCAAACCCUGCACGAGUUUUCUCGGUGAGGUUCUCCUUUACCUUGAUAAACAAAUGGAAAUAAAUUAAUCGUAAGUAUACAUAAGGAGAGAAAGUUUAAGUUUCACGUUAUUCUUUUGCAAAAAACAAAGGAUCUGGUAAUCAAUUUUCAAAAAUAUUCGGAGCUCUUACCGCUAACUUUCUUUUAAUGAUCGUCUUUAAUAACACAACAUGAGCUAUUUUAGUAAGCCGUAAACAAAAAGGUUCAACGAAAAAUUUUCAAGAGAGUAGAAGUGUUGUUUCAUGACCUAUGUCUUAAUCAAUGCUUAGCCCUUAGAGCAGAUGCCGGCACCUAUUAUAUUAAUGGAAACUGGAGAAUUCAACUUCCUGGUGACGUCAAAGCUGACGGAACAGUAUUCCGAUACCUGCGCAAGGGAACAUUAGAAAAGAUCAUCGCUCGUGGGCCGAUAAAUGAGCCGUUGCACAUCAUGGUUAGUUUUGCGUUCACACUAUCCCCACAUAUAUGGAAUAUCAUUUUACUUACCUUGUCCAUUGCUCAUAUCCUCAACACGUAGUGUCCCCUUGGAUUCUGUAGUGUUUCUUAUGGUACCUUACUUGCUUGGCAAUAGGCUAUUUCGGAGUUCCCCGGGCCUCUGUAAACGAGGUUAAGUGCUCAGCCUUGGAUAGGGAAAUGAUUUUUUAUUCCCAUGCAAAUAAAACUCAUUUUCACAAGAAAGGUUGUGCACUUGGUCUCAUUUUGAAAGUGAGGGUUUUUGGAACUCGGAAGUGGCCUAUAUUAGUUAUUCGUUCCAUAAACUCUUACUUACUUGCCAGAUUUAUUUUACAUCAUCACACGAAUACGUUAAGAAGAGCUUGGGAUAAGACCCGUAGGGAAGAACAAGUUAUCUUGUUAAAUUUCAGUUACGUUAUAUAAGAACUAUGCGAUUGAUUUGCAAAAAAACAAAAACAUGAAACAUGGUUACUAAAGUGUAUUAGAAGUUUUAAAUGGGAGGUGCUAUAACGUUUUAUAUUAACGUCUUAGCAUUGUCACUCAAAACAGGUCCUCUAUUAUGGUUUCAACUUUGGUGUGGAGUAUCGUUACUCCAUACCACUCCACAACAAAAGGGAAAGCAACGGAAAAACUAAACAGCAUCCGCUUCUGCGUGAAGUCUCGUAUGGAUGGGUGCACGGAGGCUAUGGCGAGUGCAACGUGCAUUGUGGUGGAGGUAAGAGAUAACACGAGUGAAAGUCAGCGUUUAUCAUAUAAUUCAUACCUGGUUAGUAAGGUGGAUCGAUGGGGUUUUUCAGGGGCAAUAACCACCAAGUUUUAUUAUCAACUUCGUCGUUAUUGACAAAGAUUAAAAACAGCACAAAUCAAAAUGCUUACACUUGGAAGGUGUUGCUUCUGAAAAACCCCUAUCGAGUCACCUUAAGUCAUAUACUCAUAUAUUCGUGGAAAAUGAAAAAUUCCUGCAGUUCCCCCUUUGAAAGUCUCUCGACAUAAUUUGAAGGGCCUCCUCCUCCUUCUUCUUUUUUUUUGGAUAGGCAUCAGGAAAAGUUUGAGAAUGAAAUGUAUCCGUUUUUAUAGAGGAAACAUCUCUUUGGUUAAAGAUUUCUAUUGUAAAGGAGCCACUAAACCACGGCAGGAAGAGCGAGUUUGUAACGUGAAUCCGUGUCCAAUAUGGUAUGUA